AUUGCGUUCAUUCCUUCGAGCCUUGUUGAUAAUAAAAGCGAGAAAAUGGCGACAAUGCUAAACAAUUUAAUUUUCUUCGAUUUCAUAUAAUAUCCUAUUAUCGUUGUACAAUAAAUCUAUUGUGUACAAUAGAAUAAAUAUGUCUUCAUUGGAAGAAGUGACUAAUCAGCUAAUGAAACCCGUGAAAGAACUCGCAGACUGGGAGUACCCAUUGUCUGAGAUAUUGGGAAAGUAUUAUGCCCUAUUGGAGAAUCCUGGAGAGAUUAAUUACGGAGAAGCCGCGUAUGUUGUGCAGAAUUCCACGGAAGUAUUUACGAAAAGAGUUGAUUGUUUAGGAAAAGAAGUUUGUGUUCUCAGUGAAAAUUUCCUACAACAUGAAGCUGAAGAAGAAAAAUCCAAGUUGAAAAGCAAAGAAAGAAGAAGUAGAAAAACUGCUAUUAAUUUCGACAACUUUGAACUUAUUGAUUUUCAUAAGGAAAUUGGAAAGAAUAUUAAUUUAAAGCCUUCCUCACAGAAACCAGUGAAAUUGUUGAAUCGAAGAUUUCCACAGUUGGAAAUAGCGACGACACAACUUCAAAAUCCUGUUGAUAUUUACGAUGUUCAUGGAGAAAUUAUAGGGAAAAAAUACGACUUCCGAUGUAAUCAACAAUUAACUAUAAAUGGAAUGUUAGUGGAUGAAUGCACACCUAGUGAUUUUGAUACGGAGAUUGUACGUAUUUCUGAUUUGGCUCGUAGUACGCCGACGCUUCAAAUUGAAGUUUCAGAUUUGAGUUUACCUGAUAUAACAACCCAAGUGAAUGAAAGUACCCAAGAAGACACUGGCUACUUUUCACUAAUUAACAGUACAAGCAAUGAUCAAAGUGAUAUUCAAAAUUCUCUUCUUGACAAUCAUGAAACUUCCGUAAUUGAGAGAAACACAACGCUCGAAUCAAUUCAAGAAAUAUCAGAAAAUAUUCAAGAGAAUCAAACAGAAAUAGCAGCAGACGAACAGAAUAAAUCCCAUGAAUUGUCCGCAACAUUUUCCGAAACCAUCGAGGAGACUCGAAAUGAAGAAACUGCAAAUGAAUGUUCCACUAAUCUUCAAGGGAGUAAUGAAACUGCUGUAAAUGAAUCUGCUGUUCAAGAGGAAUCAACAAUUCAGAAUGAAUCAACAAUUCAGCAGGAAUCAAGCGAAGAAGUUUCUUCAACUAUUCAGGAGAAUGAAACUGUAACAGAAAUUGAACAAGAAAAAUCACAGGAAACUAGUGAAACACUGUCAGAAACUUUGAACACUACCCGAAAUGAAGAAAGUACAAUUGAACUAAGCGAAAAAUUAAAAACGAACAAGGAUAUUUUAGAAACUGUUCAAGAGAAUACAGAGACAAAUAUGGAAGUGGAUCGCACUGAAGAUUUGUCUGAUGAACCAUCUCAUUUUGAUGAUGCCGAAAUGGAUCGCGAUGAUGAUGAAGACGAUGUUAAUGAAGAAGUGGGAAAUUCCGAAAAAUUGGAGAACGGUAAAACUCGGACUGAAUGUUCAAAUGAAAAAUCAAAAUUAACCGAAGAAAAUCAAAAAGAGUUAAUUGAAAGUAAUGAAACUGAUUCUGGUUAUCGUUCGGGUGAAUCAGAAGAUUUCGAGAUUCCACGCAGAAGGAGUAAACGAACUGAGAAUAUGGUUUGUGUCGCUAAGGAUUUAAAUGAAAAUGUCUGGAAGCCAAUACCUUUCGAUCAAGGUAUUCCACAGAAAUUACCAAAGUCCAGAACAAAAUUCAAACUUCCCUGUCAUAUAUCUCUGUUAAAAUCGAAACCAAAUUCGCGUAAGCGAAAGCUUCCAACCGAGGAAAAGAAGAGGAAACGGAAUUUAUUGGGAUUUUUGACAAACGAAUCUCCCGAAUCGCCGUUAAAAAAAUUGAAUAUGUAUUCACCAUCGAGACCAUUUAUGCCUCUAAAGACAGAGGAAUUGAGUGAUUUUCAAAAAUCAUUCGAAGACUGUUUCAAGAGUAGACAAUGUUACGAUGUCUUUCAUUACGAGGCGGCAACAACAAUUACAAUGGAUCUUCUCGGUUUUUUUCCAACAUUCACAAAAAAAGAUCCCCUCUUACAUACAACGGGCUUCAAAACACUUGCACCAACACCCGAGCAUAUCUCAACAAGUGGCAGUGAUGCUGGUUUCUCACCACGUCCAUCAUCGCCGGAAAUUGUUAUUUUCGACACAACAAAUACACCACCCGAUUCGCCACGCGUCUCAGAAACAUACGAGGCCGAAACAUUUGAGACUGAAAAUUUUGACCUCGAUGAAGAAUCGCCUCUCCAUUCAACAUUGAAUUAUCAAAAAAUCAUUGAAUCGCGAAUGAAGGAAAUACAUCAAGAAUUCGACGUGAGAACUGAUUUAGAGCAGAAUGUUGCUCGAUGGCAUGAAAUGAUUAGGCCAAAACUCGAGGAAAUUGAGAGAAGACCACAAUUUAAUAUUCACGAAUACAGUGAUUUAAUUAUCAAAAAAUUGGAGGAAACAAUGGAACGUGAAAUUCCUUUUGAACAAUUGAUUGUUGAUCAAUCGCCCGGUGAAGCUGCACGUUAUUUUUCAGCUGCAUUACAAUUAGCAAAUACUUAUAAUGUCGAUAUUAAGACAAGUGAGAAAAACACCGAUAUUCAAUUAACACUUCUUAAUAAUGAUUUAACUCGACAUGAAAUCUCUUGUGAAACACCCGAAGUAUCGAGAUCGAAAAAGAAAAAAUCUUCUAAACAUUUAGCAUGAGAAAUAUUUAAUUUCAACGUGCUUUAAAAAAAAAGAAAAUAGUGAUACCGAUAUCAUGUACAGUUUAUAAUACUUGAUAUAUAAAAAAUUAUUUAUCUCGCGGUUGUGUCAUACUAUUUAUGACAAAAAAAAACAAAUCUUUAAAAACGAAAAUAUUGUGAUUCAUGGUGAAUUUUUCUCCCGGUAAUUAACACAAAUUUAAAAAUGCACGUCUUUAGACAAAAAAAAAGUUAAGUACUUUAUAAGUACAAAAUUAUAUUUAAUAUAUACACGUUAGGCAUUUCUUUUCGUCUUUAUAUUUAUUUUUUAAUUCAUGUGUUAGAAAUUAGAAUGCACUUUUUCAUUAAUUAUUAUAAAUUAAUUUUUUUAUCACUAUUGUCCAAAGUUUAUUAUUCGAUAUGAAAAAUAGAAUUUUUAAUGUUUCAACAUUUUCGUCAACUAUUCUAAUUUAUUAAAAAAGAUAAAUAUUUAAUUUAAUACAAAUUAAAAAAAAAGUUAUGUAACAAAAAUACGUAAAUUACCAAAGAAAAUAAAGAUGUUGAACAUUAAAAUACUAGAAUAUUUUUUAAUUCUAUUUCGAUUUUUUUAAAAUUUUUAAGUAAUUGACUAUAAUUUAAUAAUUGUAGAAAAUUUUACCUAAUUGUAUCGAAUAAUAAUACUUUAUUAAUUCCAAUAGAAGUGAUAAAUAAUUAUAUAAUUUUACUUCUUAAUAAUCAUAUAAUUUUUCAUAUAUUAUUGUAAAAGGUGAAAAAUAAUUUAAUGUCAAUUUUAUGCAUGAAACACAGGAGUUAUAGACCGAAAAAUUGUAUUUGCACAAGUUAAUUAGUUUUAAAUAGAUUAUUUAAAAUGUAGAUAAAAAACAAAUUACCAGAAAAUUCGUGAUAUACAUAAUUUUUAUUUUCUAUAUAAAAUUGUACUCCAUUUUGUACAGAAAUAACUUAUAUAUUUUUGAAUACCUGUAAAACUUUCAGAAGACAAAAAAAAUUAUUUAAUGAAAAAAUUAAAGUUAAGAAAACAAAAAUAUUUAACCAAAAAAAAGAGAAAAUUCGUUGUAUAUUUAAUUGAUUUCACGAACAAAUUACAAUUAUAUGUCUUUUAUUACUUUUUAAGAGUGGACAAAUUGUAUUCUGCGUAAUGAAAUAUGUUUUGAAAAUUAUUUAUUUUCAAUGAUAUAUUUCCCGUACUUAUUGUAAAAAAAAAUUACUUCUAUU